AUUAUUUUAGGAAAAUUUGAUGAAGGAAGGACUUGAGCUAGAAUUAGAACAUAAAGAUUUAUCUUUUGACGGUAAAACCUGGUUUUUGAAAAUUCACCUUCCAUGGAAAACGAAAACAAGAUAUGCUGCUGUAAUGGGUAUGAAGUUACCGAUCAAAAGGUUUAUCACGAUAUCUGUUAAGGCAUGGGAUGACAAGAAAGCUAAAGGUAAAACUGAUGACCUCUAUACAAAAGUGAUGAAAUGGUGGAAAACUUUUUUCGAGUAUGACCACGAUAUCAUAGCUCCCGAACCUUCCUUCUAUGAUGCCACAGAAGGGGGAGAUAGGGAAGAACAAUUUGUAGUAAAAGAUAGAGUUACUUCCUAUUCAAGCGCUCAAAGAAGUUUGAUCGUAAUGCAGAUUUUGUUGAGGGUUAAAUUCGACGAUACUGAUAAGGUUGGAAUUCGCCGACUUUUAAACGAUUACACUUACAUAGCUUGUUUUCCUCUACAUGAAGGUAGAUGGGAAAAAGAAACCAGCGAUGGAAAGCUUCUGGAUAGGAGGUUACUAUACCUAGAAUGGGCAAGGCCUUCGAAAUGGAUGAAGCGACAACCCUUGCAUUUAGUCAGAAAAUAUUUCGGCGAUAAGAUAGGGUUGUACUUUUGUUGGUUAGGAUUUUAUACGAAAAUGUUAUUUCCACCAGCUAUAGUCGGAACAUUGUGCUUUCUGUAUGGUACCUUCACUAUUGAUAGUGAUGAUAAUAUGCCAACGAAAGAAAUUUGUGAUCCGAAUGGUCCUGGCAAUAUCACAUUAUGCCCUAUGUGUGACAAGGCUUGCAAAUUUCAAAAAUUGAAGGAGAGUUGCAAAUUUGCAAGACUGACUUACUUGUUUGAUAACCCAGCCACAGUAUUCUUCGCAAUAUUCAUGAGUCUUUGGGCAACCGUAUUCUUAGAAUUGUGGAGGAGAAAACAAAGGGUCAUACAGUGGGAAUGGGACUUGCAAGCAACUGAGAUAGACGAAGAGCCUAGACCAGAGUUCGAAACGAGUGUCAAAACAUGUAGAACUAAUCCCGUGACGAGGGAAAAGGAACCUUACUUGGCAACUUGGUCCAAAGCUUUGAGAUUGACUGUCACUGGAUCCGCCGUAUUUUUUAUGUUGUUUGUUGUUUUGUGUGCUGUGUUGGGAACAAUAAUCUAUAGACUGUCCUUAGUCACUGUUAUCUAUGGAAGCAAAUCUCUAUUUCUCAAGAAACAUGCCAAAAUAGUGACUUCAGUGUCUGCUGCAGUCAUCAAUUUAAUCAUUAUUAUGUGCCUUACCAGGUUUUAUCAUAAAUUAGCUAUUAAUCUAACAAAUCUAGAGAGUCCUAGGACGCAAACCGAAUACGAAGACUCCUAUACUUUUAAGAUUUUUUUAUUUGAAUUCAUGAACUUCUACUCUUCGUUAAUAUACAUCGCAUUUUUCAAAGGUAGAUUUUUCGAUUAUCCAGGCGAUACAACAACAAGACAGUCAGAAUUCCUUAGAGUGAAAGGUGACAUUUGUGAUCCAGCAGGAUGUCUCAGCGAACUUUGUAUACAGUUGUCUAUCAUAAUGAUAGGAAAGCAAAUAUUCAAUAACUUCGUUGAACUGUUCAAUCCAGCAAUUUAUAAUUGGUGGAGAAGGAGGACACAUAGAUCGAAUACAAAAGACUUAACUAGACAACAUACAAGAUGGGAGGAAGAUUACCAUUUGCAAGAUCCAGGACGUCUGGCAUUAUUUGACGAAUACUUGGAGAUGAUUCUUCAAUAUGGCUUCGUGACUUUGUUCGUAGCAGCAUUUCCGCUAGCUCCUCUGUGUGCCUUAUUGAACAACAUAGCUGAAAUCAGAUUGGAUGCAUACAAAAUGGUCACGCAAGCUAGACGACCACUCGCUGAAAGAGUUGAAGAUAUUGGAGCUUGGUACGGGAUUCUAAGGGCUAUUACAUACGCUGCGGUUGUUUCAAAUGGAUUUGUGAUAGCAUAUACGAGCGAUUUCAUUCCAAGGAUGGUAUAUCAAUACAAAUAUUCUCCAACUGAUGACUUGACAGGAUAUAUAGAUGCUUCGUUAUCAGUUUUUAAUGUAUCACAUUAUAGUGCAGAUGUGAUAGGAGAUGACGAAGAUCCACCAGAUACCUGCCAAUAUAGAGGGUAUAGGAACGGACCAAACGAAACAGAUCCAUAUGGAUUGAGUCCACAAUAUUGGCACGUAUUUGCCGCAAGGCUUGCAUUUGUCGUAAUUUUUGAGCACGUCGUUUUUGCAUUAGUUGGAAUAAUGCAGUAUGUGAUACCAGACGUUCCUUCAGAGUUGAAAACCCAAAUGCAGCGAGAAGCGUUACUUGAAAAAGAAGCUAAAUACGAACACGGUUUGAAGAAAAAUGAUUACGAUUAUGAUGAACUUUUAAGUACCUUGAGGGAUAACAACAAUGCGUCAAGGGGAGGAGAGAGAGUAGGUAUAAAAGGUUCUUGGGCAAGACGACUAAGUAGAUUGUCGAAUGGCUUGGACGCUCAUGUAGAAGUCGUGAGUAGAAAGAAGCCUUCUGAUAAUACGACAGUAUGGGAGUCAUCUUAGUGAGAUAUCACCAGAAUGUAUCUUUGCUAAGCGUU